AUGGGUGUAGAAUUUGUUAAUGCUAACUUCACUACUAUUGAAGAUUUACCCGAUAUAACUGAGAAAAUCACCGAAAUUGAAAAGUCAAAGCAAUCACUUAAACAGUUGGUAGAUGCGAAAAUUCAUGGACAUCAAGAGUCCAAUAAUGAUAUUAAUAUUAAUAUUGAUGAAGAGAAAUUGAAUAAUUCUGUAGAUAAGAUUCUUUCGGUGAUUGGAUAUGCUGUUGAAUCCCAAGAUAUUAAUGAUGCUAUAGAGAAUAUAGAAGCAUUAAUUCAGGAAUUUGGCAGUAUCCAAUCAUUUGAAGAAUUAAAAGCACAAUUAAUUGCUAAACAAGCAAUUAAUAAAAGAAUACAAUUAUUAACUAUUGCAAGAGAUAUUGAAUCUCAUUUUGUUCAUGAUUUGGAUAUUUCAACUUUAGCUAAUCUUGCCACUCAAUCAAAAGAUUUGAAAUCAAUUGAUACUCCUUUAACUUCCAUUGUUAUAUCAUCUUUACAUACUUCUAUUCAAACCAUUGUAAAUACUAAAAGAGAUCAACUUGAACAAUCAUUACUGGAAAUAAUUAAAGAAACUAAAUGGUUAACUGCUAAACCAAAGGAUUCAACUGUUCUGAUAACUAAAAUUUCAACUUUAGUAAAAGAUUUAGUUCAUCUUCAAAGUAUUCAGAAUAAACCAAUAUAUCCUGAUACAUGGUGGGCAUUAAAUAUAUUAUUACAUCCAUUAAUAAUAAGAUUUGAAUAUCAUUUUAAUAGAAAUACUGAAACAAAUAAAAUAACCAAACCAGAAUGGGCCUUGAAUUUUAUUGAAUCUUUUCUUUCUGAAAACCUAGUUAAUUUAAAUUUAGUAAUUGAAGAUAUAUUUAAACCAAUUGGUAGAAUUGCUACUUAUGAAGUAAUUACUACAUUAUUAAUACCUUUAAGAGAUAAAAUAUUGAUUACUAUUAAAUCAUUAAAUAAAAGUAUUGAAACAUAUAAUGAUGAUCCAACCAGUAGAGAGAAAUCAGGGAGAUUAUUAAGUCAUUUAAUCUUUGAAUUAUCAUCAUUUGAUCAAAGACUUAGAAAUACUUAUAAAUAUAAUCCAUAUAUUGAAAAUUUUGAUGAAGUUCCUAAUAAGAAAUGGACUGGAUUAACUGGAGAUGUAUUACUUAGAGGUAAUGAUGAAAGUUUAGCUGUAACUAAUUGGUUAAAUUUUGAAAAGGAAUUGGCUAAUAAGAGAUUUACAACAGAAAUAUUAAAUCCUUCAGAUGCCUUUAAAAUUGAUUAUGAUUAUCAAGGGUCAUCAUACGAUCAAGAUGAAAAUAAUCAUAAUAAUAAUAUUAGUAAAUCUGAAUUAUUAAAACCAACCUAUUCUGCAUAUGGAUUAGUUAAAUUAUUUGAUAAUUUAAGUGGACAUUUUCAAACUCUAAGUAUUGUUAAGUAUCAAUUAAAAUAUGUUUCAUCAAUUCAACUUAAUUUAAUUCAAGUAUAUUUUGAACAAUUAUCGAAAUUAUUUAAGGAAUUUUCAACUACUUUUAGUCAAAAGACUGUAAUGAAUUUUAUACCAGGGGGUUUAGCCGAUAAUAAUACUAAUAAAACGUCUGAUACAGAUACUAUUCAAAAUGGAUUAAAGGGUUUAGAAAUGUUAUCACAAAUAUAUUGUCUGGCAAAAUUUAUUCUGAAUGCAUUAGAAUAUUGGAGUGAUCAAUUAAUUUAUAUACAAUUAUGGGAUGCAUAUAAAUCUAUUACAAAUGAAUCACAAUAUAAUUCUAGUAUAUUUGAUAGUUCAUUACAUCAAUAUGAUGAAUUUUUAGAUAAAUUACUUUUAAAAUAUGAAGAUUUCUUUCGUAAAGAAAUUAGAUCUGCUGUUAAAGAAUAUGUUAAUGAGAAUUUAUGGGAAUCAAAUUCUAAUCAAACUAAUGAACCAACAUCUGAACUUAAUAGAUUAAUAACUAUAUUAACUGAAUAUUUAAAACAAUUAAAGAAAAGUUGGAGUCAAUUAGAUUAUUUUUUACUUGGUGAUAGAGUUGUAUCUUCAUUAUCAACUAUUUUAUUAGAAUAUGUUAUAUCUAAUAAUAAUUUUCAUAAAUCAAGUAUUGAACAAUUAAAUACUGAUAUUAAUUAUAUUAUUCAUGAAUUACGUCUGCUUUUAUAUCUUAUAAAUGAUCAAUCAUUAACUAAUAUUAAUAAUAUUAAAUAUCAACGAUUAAUUCAAUCAUUACAAGUAUUAAACCAAGCAGAUCGUAAUUCAGUAAAGGAAUACCGCGACAAAAUUCAUCAAUUCCGACAAUUGUUCGAUAAUGGUCUUUCGCAAUUGACAAAUUCAGAUAUUCAUGAACUUUUCUUGCGCAUUAAUUAAUUAAUUAAUUAAUUACUCAUGUAAUAUACACUUUCUUUUAUGUACCAUAAACUGUACUGUAUACCAUUUUUAUGUACAAGUCGCGCGUACAAAAUCAACACUAUCAAAACAUAAAUACCAUAACCCAUUUCGUAAACAUUUAAUUAUAUAACCAAUUAAUUUAUAGACCGUAAUAGACCCAUGUCUUUGGUUAGGAAAAGGAUCCAUGAGGAUAAUCCCAAUGGAAAUGGAAAUGGAAAUGGA